AUGUCAAGAGAUUAUGAUGUCAAUGAUAGGAAGGAUUUUGAAAUUGUUAGAAUGAAUUCUUUACUUUACUUUAUUUCAUUUUACUUUUAUAAAAAAACAUCAUUAUGUCGUGAUUUGACGCAGAAUAGGAGCAACAGCUUAAAUUUAAGCGCUAUACAAUUGCUACUGGUACGUAAAACUUGGGCUCAUGCAAGAAAUCAAGGUGCAAUGGAACCGGCAAUUAGCAUUUUUCGAAAUAGUUUUUAUAAAUGUAGUGAAAUUCGAUCAUUAAUUAUGGAUGGAUCGAAAAAUGUAGGCUACGAACAACUGCGGAAACAUGCUAAAAGUUUUACGGAUAUUAUGGAUCGUUUAAUAACUGAUAAAUUGGAUCAAAAGGAAACUGUAAUUGAAGAAUUACGGAAAGCUGGACGGGCACAUGCUUCAUUACUUCGUGAUACAUACAAUAAAUCUGUCAAGAAAAGUAGUAGCAGUGGUGGUGGUUGUAGUGGCAAUAGUGGUCAAUCAAUUGGCUAUCCAUUUCGUCUAGCUCAUUUUGAUCAUUUUGCAUCAGCGAUGAUUGAACGAACUCUUGAAUGGGGUGAAAAAAAGGAUCGUAAUAAAAUAACACAAAUUGGAUGGACAAAAAUUGUUCUAUUCGUUGUGGAGCAACUACGGGAAGGAUAUCGUGAAGCAAUUCGAGAGGAAAGACGAGCACAACAAUGCAAAUAA